AUGGCCUUUGAUCGGAUAUCUCAGUUCUAUCGAUCGUGUCUGUUUCAGAUUAUCAUUGUGGGUUUGGUCGCUUUUUGCGAGCCUGGUAUCUGGACUGCCCUGAACAACCUCGGAGCAGGAGGCAAUGCCAGCCCUUUCUUGAACAACGCCGCCAAUGCAUUGACCUACGGACUUAUGUCAGUAGGUUGUUUUCUUGCUGGUGGUGUCACGAACAAGAUCACUGCCAAAUGGACGUUGUUCCUCGGGGCAGCAUUCUACACUCCUUAUGCGGCUGGUCUAUACUGUAAUAAUCGAUAUGGAAAUCAGUGGUUUCUCUUGCUAGGAGCCGCGCUAUGUGGUGUUGGCGCAUCUCUUCUAUGGGCUAGUGAAGCUGCUAUUGCCGUGGGAUAUCCGGAAGAGGAGAGAAGAGGUCGCUACGUUGCAAUCUGGAUGGGCAUCCGACAAAUGGGACCCCUAGUUGGCGGCGCAAUUUCCCUCGCUCUCAAUAUCAACACUUCCCACGCCGGCAAGGUCACCUACACAACAUACCUAGGGCUCGUUGCAAUUUCUUCUCUAGGAGCCCCAUUCGCAUUGUUAUUAUCACAGCCACAAAACGUGGUUAGACGAAAUGGCACCAAGAUACCUUACAUGAAGAAAACCAGUCUGAGUAUUGAAUCUCGCGCUAUUUGGAAGCAACUCACCAAUAAGUACAUGUUGCUGCUUAUUCCAGUCUUCCUCGCGGGGCAGUUUGGUACAACUUACCAAGGAAAUUAUUUAACAACGUAUUUCACCGUCCGCUCUAGAGCCCUCGCAUCUUUCCUCACAGCAGUGGUUGGAGCCACGGCUAAUGUGACGACGGGUAUAAUCCUGGAUCUGAAAUACUUUUCUCGAGAAACCAGAUCAAAAGGAGUGUAUAUCUUUGUGCUCAUCUUUGUUACAGCUGCUUGGAUAUGGAAUGCUGUUACUCAGACCAAGCUCUCUCGCAUGGUAGAACCACCCGCCUUCAACCUCGGUGAUGGCCCCUUCUUCAACUCGGCUUUUGCAGUCUACAUGUUCUUCAAAUUCUUUUACGAGGUGUUGCAGACCUACAUCUAUUGGUUGAUGGCCGAGAUCAAAGGCGCACAGGGAGAGGGUGAUAUUGCGAGGACCACCGGCAUCCUCAGAUCAUGGGAAUCUAUCGGUAGUACGAUUGCCUAUGCCGUUGGUGCAACUCAUUGGCCCAACUUGAACCAGAUGAUAUUGGGAUUCUCAUUAUGGGCUUUUACAAUCCCAUUUACGUGUCUCGCGGUUUUUGGCAAUUGGAACCAGUCUGAUACGAUCGAGGUGGAUGAGCAAACAGACAGUAGUAGCCUUGAGGCACAAAGAGUGGUUAUUAGUCCCAAGGGAAAGAACUGA